GGGUAGAUAAACAAGCCAAGGAAACAGAACGCCAUAUCCCCUCUUUCUUGUGAUUUCUUUUUCCUCUACAGGAUCCUUUCUUUAUUAGGGUUUUCUUCCUUCUUUGGAUUUGUUCGAUAUUUGUCUGGUCUGCGCUCUUAACUUUCCAGUUUCAUUGGAUAUAUACACAGAUAAGGAGUUUGUACUGUACCCAGAGGACAGAAUACAGAAUACAUCAAAUUUGAUUUAAAAAUUAGGGACUUGUAAAUGCUUUUAGCUAUAUAUGAUGAUUACCUCCCACAACGGUCAUAGCAACUGGCUGUGUGUUGAAAUUAGGGUGUUCUGUUUCAGGGAGUAAAAUAAUGCCAACUGGUUCUUUUUCUAAGUUGAACAUCCCUCUUGGUUUUGGACUUUGGAAAGGCGUUAGAUUGCAAAGUAAAAUCCAGGUCCAGCAGAGGAUUUUGUUUCGCCAACAUUCAGGUUUCUGUAAAGCUGAUAUCAGUGGACAUUCAUCGUCGAAACCAGGAAAAGCCCUCAUCUUGAAACCAGAUUGUGAAUUUGCGAACUUGAGGAAAGAUUUUCAAGUUGCAGGUGCUAUUAAGUUACAUUCUUGUAUCUUUGUAUCAAGGUUUAGCAGUGCUCAGGUUUUUAAGUAUACUAGGAAUCUGUAUUUUCCAAAAAUUAUGGCCACUUCUGGUUCCGUAGCUGCAUCCGGGGAUCUCAUUGUGGACAAUUUUGUUUCAAGUUGCGGAAAUGUAUUGAAUUUUGCAAGACCUACUGGUCAUUUGGUGGAAAGAAACAGUAGGAGUUUCUCUACAGCUACUGUGGGUAUGAAAAAUAGAGAACCAAGUAAGAGCCAUGGAGUUCAUGGGUAUUUUAUAUUUGGUUUUACCCACACGGCAAGCAACAUUAAUUCAUUUGGGGGGCAAUUGCGAAGAAGAUGCAACACUUCCUCCUCAACAUGUUAUUCAUACAGUGGAGUUCCAGAUGGGGUAGUGAAAGAAUCAUCACAUGAUGAAAUGAUCUCAAGUCUUGCCAUUGAAGCAGAUGGGAAGGGUAUGUGUGAUAGAACGCUAAAGCUACUAUCUGGAUCUUCUUAUCUGCCACAUCCUGAUAAGGAAGCAACUGGUGGAGAGGAUGCUCACUUCAUUUGUGUGGAUGAACAAGUAAUUGGUGUAGCAGAUGGAGUUGGUGGAUGGGCAGAUGUUGGCGUUAAUGCUGGAUUGUAUUCCCGUUCUCUAAUGUCUAAUUCUGUGACAGCAAUACAGGCUGAACCUAAGGAAGGAAUUGACCCAGCUAGGGUGUUGGCUAAGGCUCACUCAGCCACAAAGGCCCAGGGAUCCUCUACAGCAUGCAUCAUAGCCCUCAGAGACAAGGUUCUUCAUGCCAUCAAUCUUGGAGACAGUGGAUUCGUCGUGAUCAGAGAUGGAUGCACCAUCUUCCAGUCCCCUAUACAACAACAUGAUUUCAAUUUUACAUAUCAGCUAGCAAACGACAGUGAAGGUGAUCAGCCAAGUUCUGGCCAAGUUUUCAAUAUUCCCGUAUUACCGGGUGAUGUUAUUGUUGCUGGAACUGAUGGAUUAUUUGACAACUUAUACAACAAUGAAGUAACAGCUCUUGUGGUUCAAGGGGUUAGAUCAAGGCUGGGCCCUGAGGCAAUGGCUAAGAAUAUAGCGGCAUUGGCACGCCAGAAAGCUCUAGACAGGAAACGACAGUCCCCAUUUUCUACUGCAGCUCAGGAAGCUGGUUUCCGUUAUCAUGGUGGUAAACUCGAUGAUAUAACUGUUGUCGUGUCAUUUGUCACUGGCACGAUCGAUGAGUGAGUUUGUUUUUUGUAUGGGUUCUUCGUUCUUUAUUAAAACGUUGUUCGACGAGUGUUGAGCAAACUUGGAUGAGACGUAUAGUUUACGUUAUCGUUCCCAUUUUCCGAGUAGGUUUAUUUUGAUGUUGGUUGUGUUUUCGUU